UACAAUGAACACAUUCAGAGAGCAAGGAAGAAGGAAAGAACAAAUGAAAACACAUCCUCCUGUCUAAUGAACUGUCAAAUGGACUGGACCCUCCUCUUAAUUUUACCAGUAAUGUUUCAGCCAUCUUUCUCAGUCUUGUUCACUGUUGAAACAGAACAGAACACGUACACAUCGACGAUAAGAGGAGAUGUUGUGAUGGGCUGUAGGUUUAAGCCUAUUCCAUCAAAUCCUUAUUCUGGGCUGAAAGUGACUUGGCACUGGAUCACGUCCACAGUGACCCGGGAGGUGUAUCAGCUGGACAACGGCGUGGAAAAUCUAGCUUCUCAGUACCCAGAUUAUAGGGGCAGAGUGAAACUUCUCUCUAAGCUGCUGAAGGAGGGUUGGGCCAAGUUACAGGUGUCCAUGCUCAGAAUUAAUGACUCUGGAGUCUACCAGUGUUUGGUGCAGACAGAAGAAGGAGCUGAUUAUAAGACAGUGGUUUUGUCUGUUGAAGCACCUUAUAAAAAAGUGAGUAAAAGUGUUCAGAAAGCUACACAGGAGGACGAAGUGGUGCUAACCUGUCAGUCCGACGGAUAUCCCAGAACGGCUGUUGAGUGGAUGGAUGAACACUUACAACGAAUCAACUCCAACACCACUGCUGUACCAACUCCAGACCAACUUUACAAAGUCACCAGUCAAAUAAAAGUCACAACUCUGAAGCAAAACAGCUACACGUGUAACUUCACAAAAGAUGGACUCUCUGCAACAUUUCACAUUCCAGAUGACAUACCAACACUCCACACAAGAAAUGGGACUGUCAUCACUGUGAUUUGCACCGUUGUAGUUCUGCUUGCUGUCAUGUUUGUGGUGUUGAUGCAUCGAUGGCAAAAAGGUUCCAACCCUCAUGGCAAUCCCAGCACCAGGAAUCUUCUGGUCAAAACUCCAGGGAAUUCUUGUUGGGCUAGUACUUGCAUCCAAAUGAAGACAGAAAAUGAGGAGGAGAAAAUGAUUUCUAAUGAAGAUCAUACAAAGGAAACUCUGGAGGUGUUUCUGAAAGACCAUUACACCAACUUACUGUUUAAUAAGGAUGAGAAGCAAUACUGGGAUGCUUUCUGUGUGGAGGUGCUGCCUGAGAGGCUGAAAAACAAUGAUGGUCAUCCUGUGGAAUUUCACUCUUUACUCCCAGAAGCUGGAGAGACCGUUUUGCUUGAGGGAGCCCCGGGCAGCGGGAAGACAACUGUAGUCCAAAUCCUGCUAUAUUCUUGGACCACAGGCCUGAGCCACGCCUCUUCUAAUGUCCCUGACUUCACAAACCUUCGCCUCAUCUUCUGUUUGGACUGCAGCAAAGUGAAGACUGAUUUGUUUCAGGAGGUAAAAACGCAGCUUUGUCUCAGCGAAUCAACAGUGGACAGGCUGAGGAUGGUGCUGCUGAACGGGUCGGACGAUGCCCUGCUUCUGCUGGAUGGCUACAAAGAAGGGAAUCAGCUUUUUGACAUGUCCUUAAGGAAGUUUUUAAGUGAGAGAGCGGGGUGUCGGGUUCUGGUGCUGGCCUGCCCUCACAAUUGCCCCAAACUCAAGGAUGCAGUUGGACCAAUAAGGAUGCUGAAGCUCCACAUAUAAACUGUGGUGUACUGAUCCAAUAGAUACACAAAGCAGCAUAAGUUACAUUUUAUACACAUUUUUGUGUUAUUUUGUUAAGCUGUGAUAUUUUGUCUCAACUGUGUAAAAGCUGUAAAAUUAUUGCAAAGUGUGUCAUAGCUGGGAAAACCACAUAAAUGCAUAUAAACCACAAAAAAAGACUGUUUUUCUUUAAAU